AUGAUCGACUUCCGCGUUGGCGAAAUCAAGAGCUGCGAGAAGCACCCGGACUCCGACAAGCUCCUAGUGGAGCAGAUUGAUGUGGGAGAAGAGGCUCCACGGCAGAUUUGCUCAGGCAUCGGCAAGUUCUUGGAGCCAGACCAAGUUGUUGGGAAGAAAGUUGUCAUUGUGUCAAAUCUGAAAGCCCGUAAGAUGGCAGGAACUGCCUCUGAGGGCAUGCUGCUUUGCGCAUCCAAGAAGGCAGAUCCUGAGGAUCCGGAGUCGGAGUUGGCCGAGCUGAAGCUGGUUGAGGCUCCGGCGGACGCUGAAAUCGGCGAGCGUGUCAUUGUCGAGAUGCCCGACGAGGAACAUGGCCAGGCAGCCACUCCGAACAAGGUUGGCAAGAAGAAGCUCUACGAGAAGGUCGCCCCAGGUCUCAGAACAGAUGCCGAGGGAACCGUGUGCUUCAAGGAGUCACCCUUCAUGACCAGUGCUGGCCCAUGCACUGCCAAGGACCUCCCGGAGGCAGUUGUGUCCUGA